AGGGGGGGAGCGGGAUUUCGCGGGCGGUCGGAUCGGUGGGGAGGAUGUCUCCUUCCAAUGGCGUCGGCGGCGGCGGCGGCGGCUCGGACGGAGCCGGAGCAGCUAAUGGCGGCAACCACCUGGAGCACGAGGUGACGAAGAUGGACACUCUCGCCGGGAUCGCCAUCAAAUACGGCGUCGAGGUCACAGAUAUAAAAAGGAUGAAUGGGUUAGCCACUGAUCUUCAAAUGUUUGCUCUGAAGACGUUGCGGAUACCGUUACCAGGAAGACAUCCACCUUCUGCCAUCCUGUCUGAUGGUUCUGGUUCUUCAAGAGAGAAUGGGUGCAAAAAUGGUCGCUCGCAUCGCACCACCUCUAAUAUCUUGGACUCCUUCGAGUCUCUUAGAUUGAAAUCACCUCAAAAGGUCUCUUCAGCAAUGAACACCUUGCAAAGCUACUAUGGCCUCGAUUCGCAGAAUGACAGAAGCGUAGAAGGCAUGGAAAUGACUGUUUACAGAACAGGAACCCCUUACAUUUAUGGCAAUGGGUUGCCCCCUAAAGCCUCACCUAGUCCUGAGUCAACUUACAAGACUCAAAGUUUAGGUUUUUCCCAAGAUGGUGGAGUUGCAGACUUUGUGCCUCUUGCAGAUUCUGGGGAUGACGAGGGAGAGAAAUCUAGUGAAAAGUCUGUCCGGAGGCGUCAAAAGGCAGAACCGGAUUUAGGGGUUGGGACUCCAGAAAAGUUGUUGAAAGAAGAAAACAGUGGUGGAAGCCGCAGCAGUUUCUCCACAGUAACAGGAAAGGGUCUGGCAUUGAGACCGAAAUCAGCCAGCCGAACAUCGCUGAUUGGCAAUGUGGAGUCGAGUUGGUCGAAUGCUAUCCCUCUUGGUAUCGGGGAUUCUGUAAUGGUCGAUGAAUUUGUUGGAGUACGGAAGGCCUCAAGCUUAUCUAGCCUCCAGGAUCAAGAUGGCCGUAGGUCCUCAUCCAUUUGGCCAACCUCGAAGUGGAACUUGAAACCAGACCUGCCGGUGCUUUCAGCCGCGUCCAUCACCGGGCCACUUUUGGAGGGCCUCCCGAUACCGAUAUCUGGCCGUAGGAACAAAGCAGCUCUUGAUUAGCCAUGGAGAAAGCUCGCCACAUAUACAUCACAUAAUUAUUUGGACUUCGAUUUAAUGGAACGAGAUAUUUGUUGCCAACGUUAUGCCACAUUCAUAUGUUACAGCCCCGAAGUGUACAUUGAGGGGAAGAACGGAGGAAAGCCCUGGGGAGGUAUAGGAUAUAGACAUUCUGCGAAACUCUGCGAGACGGAUCGAUCGGUCAACGGCCUGAAACAGGCAGGCUAUCGCGCUUCUAGUCUCGUUCUUCUUGUAUUUCCUGAUAUAUGUAAUCUCUCUUUCAUUGAAUUUGUAAGUGCGGCAAAUGCAAUAAUAAUCUAUGGUCAACUAAGCAUUAAUGAAGAAUGUAUUACCAUUUGUUA